GGCGUUCAGAAAAUGAAAUUAGAUGCUUUAUUUUAAAAUAACAAUUGAAAGCUUAUAUAAAUGUUUGGUUAUGUAUUGUACGGGUAUGCUUACAUUUAAUUUAUUUAGGAAGGGAUAAAUAUAUGUUUAUUUUGACAGUGACACCAAGACAUGUUGGCGACAUUGACGAACAAAAAUGGCUCUUAGAACGUACGGAGAUAAACCAAUUAGUUUCCAAGUCGAAGAAAAUGGGGAAUACUAUUGUAUUGGAUCUGAGGUUGGAAACUACCUGCGCUUGUUUCGUGGGUCCCUUUACAAGAAGUAUCCUGGGAUGUACCGCAGGAGCAUCACCAAUGAUGAAAGAAAGAAAUUAGUUGAACUAGGCCUAAGCCAACAUGUAUUAGCAUCAAGUGUUUCUCUUCUGAGAGCUUCUGAAGUAGAGGACAUAAUUGAUGGCAACGAUGAAAAGUACAAAGCUGUGUCUGUUCAUUCAUCAGAACCUCCAAUUCCAAGGGAAGGCAAGUCAAAGAAGAGCAUGCCGUGGGUGCCAUCAUUACCCAACAGUUCUCAUCUUGAUGCUGUUCCUCAAGCUACACCAAUCAACAGAAACAGAGUCAAUAACAAAAAAGUUCGAACUUUCCCACUAUGUUUUGAUGAUACAGAUCCUUCAACAAUCGUUGAGAACGCUUCUCAGGUUGAACUGCUAGUUCCAAUUAGACUGGACAUGGAAAUUGAAGGGCAGAAGUUGCGUGAUACUUUCACGUGGAAUAAAAAUGAAAGUUUGAUCACACCAGAGCAGUUUGCUGAAGUUCUGUGUGAUGACCUGGACCUGAACCCUUUGACAUUCGUGCCUGCAAUAGCUCAGGCCAUUCGUCAACAGAUUGAUGGUUUCCCAACAGACAGUAUUAUUGAAGAGAACUGUGAUCAAAGGGUUAUUAUCAAGUUAAACAUCCAUGUUGGCAACACUUCUUUAGUGGAUCAGGUAGAGUGGGACAUGAGUGAAAAGGACAAUAACCCUGAGCAUUUUGCUAUGAAGUUGUGUGCCGAGCUGGGUCUGGGAGGAGAGUUUGUUACAGCAAUUGCAUACAGUAUCCGUGGACAGCUUAGCUGGCAUCAAAGAACGUAUGCAUUUAGUGAAGCUCCUCUUCCCACUGUAGAAGUUCCUUUUCGACCUCCUUCUGAAGCUGACCAGUGGGCCCCAUUCUUGGAGACUCUAACUGAUGCUGAAAUGGAAAAGAAGAUUCGUGACCAGGAUCGAAACACUAGGCGGAUGCGUCGGUUGGCAAAUACAACACCCGGUUGGUGAAGUAAGGUGACAUGGCAUUAUUUUGUUUUUGUUCAAGGUCUACAAGAGUGUCACAUUAAAGUAAUCUCUGUUUUGUGGACAUUAUUGAUUUAAACUAUAUAGCAAUUGUAUAAUUUACUUUAUAUAAAGAUGACAUUUUUAACCAGA